AUGGAAAGUCCAGCAGAGUUCGACGGAAGCGAGUACCCUGGUGACGCAUGCCACGAUGCCUACGCGUCUCGUGUCCUUUGCUCCUCUAACGACGAUGUAAAGCCGUUCGUCGUGGUGGUCGUCGUCGACGCCCACCCGGCUUUGCUCGUCGCCGGGGUCAUUGGUAACAGCCAAAGUCCGGAUCGCUUCCGCCGACAUGUCGUGAUGACACCUGCCACUUUGCUAACGGUAUCAAGUCGCCGCUCACCGCCGUACACACCCGACGACGACCGAACCGGCCAAUCUGCAAGGACGUUGGCUUUCCAACAAUUUACCCCCACCCCUUUUCCAAACGCCAAAUGGUUCAUGUCGGUAGCAAUCGAUAAUUUCGUUAACAUGGCCUCGUUCUCUCGUUUCCUUCCUGGCUUCUGGCCACAUGCCUCCAUGGCCGAAUUCUUUCGACAACACAAAGACAAAGACGGCCAGCAUGACCAAGAGACUUGUGACCGGUCGUGA